UUCUACUGUCUUCUAGGAAGGGAGAUGGUGGAUUACAUCUGCCAGUACCUCAGCAGCGUGCGAGAGAGGCGAGUGACCCCGGAUGUACAGCCCGGCUACCUGCGUGCUCAGCUGCCGGACAGAGCUCCAGAGGACCCUGACAGCUGGGACAGUAUCUUCGGGGACAUCGAACGAAUCAUCAUGCCUGGAGUGGUUCAUUGGCAGAGUCCUCAUAUGCACGCUUACUACCCAGCGCUUACCUCUUGGCCAUCGCUGCUGGGAGAUAUGCUGGCGGAUGCCAUCAACUGCCUGGGCUUCACCUGGGCUUCCAGUCCUGCCUGCACGGAGCUGGAGAUGAACGUGAUGGACUGGCUGGCGAAGAUGCUAGGACUCCCAGAUCACUUCCUGCACCACCAUCCUGGGAGCCAGGGGGGAGGCGUCCUGCAGAGCACAGUCAGUGAGUCUACUUUGGUCGCUUUGCUGGCAGCGAGGAAGAACAAAAUCCUAGAAAUGAAAUCUUCUGAGCCGGAUGCUGACGAGUCUUCUCUGAAUGCCCGUCUUGUUGCCUAUGCCUCGGAUCAGGCUCAUUCCUCAGUAGAGAAGGCUGGUUUGAUUUCCCUGGUGAAGGUGAAAUUUCUGCCUGUGGAUGAUAACUUCUCGCUCCGAGGGGAAGUACUGCAGAAAGCCCUGGAGGAAGACAAACAGCGGGGCUUGGUGCCUGUCUUUGUUUGUGCAACACUAGGGACCACCGGGGUCUGUGCAUUUGACUGCCUGUCCGAACUGGGCCCCAUCUGUGCCAGGGAGGGGCUGUGGCUCCACAUCGAUGCUGCUUAUGCAGGCACGGCCUUCCUGUGCCCCGAGUUCCGGGACUUCCUGAAGGGCAUCGAGUAUGCAGACUCCUUCACCUUCAAUCCAUCCAAGUGGAUGAUGGUGCACUUUGACUGCACCGGCCUCUGGGUGAAGGACAAGUACAAGCUGCAACAGACCUUCAGCGUGAACCCUGUCUACCUCAGGCAUGCUAACUCAGGUGCCGCCACUGACUUCAUGCACUGGCAGAUUCCUCUGAGCCGACGGUUUCGCUCUAUUAAGCUCUGGUUUGUGAUUCGCUCUUUUGGGGUGAAGAAUCUUCAAGCGCACGUCAGACAUGGUACUGAAAUGGCUAAGUAUUUCGAAUCUCUAGUCAGAAACGACCCUUUCUUUGAAAUUCCUGCCAAGAGACACCUGGGCCUGGUGGUUUUCCGUCUAAAGGGUCCUAAUUGUCUCACAGAAAGUGUGCUGAAGGAAAUAGCCAAAACCGGCCAGCUCUUCCUCAUCCCUGCCGUGAUCCAGGACAAGCUGAUCAUCCGUUUCACUGUGACAUCCCAAUUUACCACCAAGGAUGACAUCCUGAGAGACUGGAACCUCAUCUCUGAUGCAGCCACAUGCGUCCUGAGUCAGCACUGUACUUCCCAACCAAUCCCGCAGGCUAGGAGCCUCAUCCCUCCAAUCAGGGGCCCCAAAGCCUUGGCCAAUGGGAUGUCUCUUCCAUCUGCCAACGAGGGAGGGGAUGACCCUGCCCAGGCCAGGAAGAUCAUCAAGCAGCCACAGCGUGGGGGAGCCUGUCCUGCGCAGAAAGAAGAUCCUGAUACCUGGCUGGACCCACUGGAUGACUGCUUUGAAGACGAGGACCUGGGGGUCCCCAAGCACAAGCUGUCAUCCUUCCUGUUCAGUUAUCUGAGCGUGCAGAAUAAGAAGAAGACGGUGCGAUCUCUCAGCUGCAACAGUAUGCCGACGAAUGCUCAGAAAUCACCGUCUGCAGAUGGUUCUGGAAAGAGUGGGAGCUCCUCCCGGGUGAGGAUCUUUUCCAGGUUUCCCGAAGAGAUGAUGCUGCUGAAGAAGAGUGCCUUCAAGAAGCUCAUCAAGUUCUACAGCGUCCCUAGCUUCCCUGAAUGCAGUUCCCAGUGUGGGCUGCACCUGCCCUGCUGCGCCCUGGAAGCCAUGGUCUAAACGCCUGGCCUCCCGCUACAUGCCAAACAAUGUGUCUCAAAGGUUCGCACAGCUUUGUGUCCCUUCUGUGUGUGCAUUUUCCCUGGGAAGGAAUUCAUUACGUUUGAUAAAGAUUCUCAGAGUGGGUUCAUGACCCACCAGGAGAUAUCAAUGGAGCCUGGAAGCCAGGAUGAUCCAGAAGGUUCCAGCCCCUCAUCAGACAGAAAGAGCUGGAGGGAAACGUCCUGACAGGCAGCUUCUGUGAUUCAGCUUGUGAAAUGAAAUAGAAUGUCAAA